GGUAACGUUUCUCUUCUCGUCCCUUCUGACAGUGUGUAUUGGUUGUGUCGUGUUGUGAAAGAAAAAAAAAAUGGCGGAAUCAUCGUCAGCGCCAGCGCCAGCGGCAGCGGCAAAAUCGGAUGCGGAGACUGAAGAAUUGUUGGAUCGAAUGUUGACUAGGUUAGCUCUCUGCGAUGACUCCAAACUCCAAGCCUUGCUCUCCAAGCUCCUCCCUCUCACCAUUUCUUCUCUUUCCUCUUCUUCGCAACUUGUCCGCAACAAGGUUCUUGAGAUCUUGAGUCAUGUGAACAAGAGAGUGAGACACCAGCCUGAGAUUGGUUUACCACUGCCAGAAUUAUGGAAAAUGUAUAUCGAAGCCAAUGCUAAUCCAAUGGUUAAGAAUUUUUGCAUUGUGUAUAUCGAGAUGGCUUUUGAACGUGGACCUUUAAAGGACAAAGAAAAUAUGGCUCCUAUGCUUGUGGUAAAUAUUUCGAAGGUUCCUCAACAACACCAAGAGAUUCUCAUGAGAAUUGCUACUAAGGUGAUUGGUGAGUGUCAUGCAAGCCACAUUGAUGACGAGGUUGCUGCGAAGUAUAAAUUAGUGAAUGAUUCUCAGGACAGGGAUCUAUUUCUUGAGUUUUGCCUUCAUACAAUUUUGUACCAAUCACCAGCUCAAGGAGGAGGGAGCUCACCCGGGCUUUCCAUUGCUCAAGCUAACCGUGUUGCAGGGAAGGUUCCAUUGAAAGGUGAUAUGCUUUUAACAAGAAAGUUGGGGAUCUUGAAUGUUAUUGAAGCUAUGGAGCUGUCUCCUGAACUUGUUUAUCCUCUAUAUGUGGCUGCUAGUGCAGAUAGUCAAGAACCUGUUGUCAAGAGAGGAGAGGAGCUCAUAAAAAGAAAGGCUUCUGGUGCUAAUUUAGAUGAUCCAAGGUUGAUUACCAGACUGUUUUUACUUUUUACUGGCACACCAGGUGCAGAAAAUGUUGCUGUGGAUUCAAGAGUCAAUCCUGGAAAUGCUACCUUGAAAGUGAAACUGAUGGCUGUAUUUUGUCGGUCCAUCACAGCAGCAAAUAGUUUCCCUUCAACCUUGCAGUGCAUUUUUGGCUGCAUAUAUGGGACUGGUACCACUUCGAGGCUGAAGCAGUUGGGAAUGGAAUUUACUGUGUGGGUCUUCAAACAUUCAAAACUUGAUCAACUGAAACUCAUGGGUCCUCUUAUACUGAAUGGGAUUCUGAAGUUACUUGAUGGUUACUCAAAUUCUGAAUCAGAUUCAGUUGCAAGGGACACCAGAACUUUUUCUUUUCAAGCAAUAGGCUUACUUGCACAGCGCCUGCCUCAACUUUUCAGAGACAAAAUUGACAUGGCUACUCGCCUUUUUGAUGCAUUGAAAGUAGAGUCCCAGUCUCUUCGUUUUGUUAUCCAGGAAGCGACAAAUUCACUUGCUGCUGCCUACAUGGGAGCUUCAGCUGCUGUACUACUGCAAUUGGAGACGUUGUUGCUGAAUAAUUGUCAAGUGGAACAAAGUGAAGUUCGUUUUUGUGCUGUGAGGUGGGCAACAUCUGUGUUUGAUUCGCAACAUUGUCCCAGUCGAUUCAUUUGUAUGCUUGGAGCCGCUGACUCUAGGUUGGAUAUAAGGGAAAUGGCACUUGAAGGACUGUUUCUUGGUAAGGAUGUAGGACGAAUAAUCAGUCAAAAUUUGGAUCAUAGAUAUCCUAAGCUUGGAGACAUGCUAGAAUAUGUUCUUAAACAGCAGCCAAGGUUGUUAGAUUCCUUUGAAAUGAGGGAACAGAAGCUUCUUUUUCCAUCAAAAAUGUAUGUGGCAAUGAUUAAAUUUUUGUUGAAGUGCUUUGAGUCUGAGUUGGUGCAAAACAACUCCUUAGGAAGAUCAUCUGAAUUUCUGUCUUCAGUGGAAAGAAUGUGCUUGCUACUAGAGCAUGCUAUGGCAUUUGAAGGCUCUGUUGAGUUGCAUUCUACUACUUCCAAGGCGUUAGUGACAAUUGGAUCUUAUCUUCCAGAGAUGGUAGCAUCACACUUUGCUUCAAGAAUAUCAUGGUUAAAGCAAUUACUAAGUCACGUGGACAUGGAUACUCGAGAGUCUGUAGCACGUUUGCUUGGCAUUGCUUCCUCUUCCCUUUCACUUGCUGCAUCAUCUGGCCUUAUUGGUGAACUGGUCUCCUCAUUCACUGGAACAAACAAAAGGUUUGAGGCCCAACAUGGAGCAUUAUGUGCAACCGGAUAUGUCACUGCUGAUUGUGUGUCUAGAUCACCUUCUAUUCCAAAGGAACUCUUGCAAAAUACUCUUAAAUGCCUUGUUGGUGUUGUUAAUUCUGAGAGUGCAACAUUGGCUUCCAUUGCAAUGCAAGCACUGGGCCAUAUUGGGCUAUAUGCGCCAUUACCUUCACUUGUCAGUAAUUCUAGUUCAGUUAGCAUUCUGGAAGUUUUGAAUGAAAAGCUGAGCAAGCUACUCUCUGGUGAUGACACUAAAGCAAUCCAGAAAAUUGUUAUCUCCAUUGGGCAUAUGUGUAUGAAAGAAACUUCUGCUUCUCACAUGAAAAUUGCACUUGAUUUGAUUUUUAGUCUUUGCCGGUCAAAGGUUGAGGAUAUUUUAUUUGCUGCUGGAGAAGCUCUAUCUUUUCUCUGGGGUGGCAUUCCUGUUACUGCUGAUGUGAUUCUCAAGACUAACUAUACUUCACUUUCCAUGACUUCAAACUUUCUUAUGGGUGAUACGACGUUUUCUUUGUCCAAAUAUAGCUCUGAUGAGAAAAGUGAGGCCAAUGAAGAUUGUCAUAUCGUGGUUAGAGAUACUAUCACUAGAAAACUUUUUGAUGCUCUUUUGUAUAGUAACAGAAAAGAAGAGCGCUGCACUGGAACUGUCUGGCUACUAUCACUGACAAUUUAUUGUGGUCAUCAUCCUACCAUCCAACAAAUGCUUCCAGAAAUUCAGGAGGCUUUUUCGCAUCUACUUGGUGAACAGCAUGAGCUUACACAGGAGCUUGCAUCCCAAGGCAUGAGCAUUGUUUAUGAACUUGGCGAUGCAUCAAUGAAGAAAAACCUAGUUGAAGCACUUGUGACCACUUUGACUGGUUCAGGGAAGAGGAAAAGAGCUAUCAAGCUGGUUGAAGACUCGGAAGUAUUCCAAGAAGGGACCAUUGGUGAAAAUCUUAGUGGUGGGAAACUUAGCACUUACAAGGAGCUUUGCAAUCUUGCAAAUGAGAUGGGGCAACCGGAUUUAAUUUACAAAUUCAUGGAUCUGGCUAAUUAUCAAGCCUCUCUAAAUUCCAAGAGGGGUGCUGCUUUUGGAUUUUCCAAGAUAGCUAAGCAAGCAGGUGAUGCUCUUCAACCACACUUACGUACAUUGAUUCCAAGGCUUGUUCGCUACCAAUAUGAUCCUGAUAAAAAUGUGCAGGAUGCUAUGGCACAUAUAUGGAAAUCUCUAGUGGCAGACCCUAAGAGGACCAUUGAUGAAAACCUGGACUAUAUUUUUGAUGAUCUCCUAACACAGUGUGGAGCUAGGCUUUGGCGCUCUCGUGAGGCAUCUUGUCUCGCCCUUGCAGAUAUUAUCCAAGGACGAAAAUUUGAUCAGGUUGGGAAGCAUUUGAAGAAAAUAUGGGUGGCUGCAUUUCGUGCCAUGGAUGACAUCAAGGAGACUGUUCGAAAUGCUGGUGACAAACUAUGCCGUGCUGUAACCUCAUUAACAAUAAGGCUCUGUGAUGUCUCACUUACUGAAGCAUCAGAUGCUAGCCAAUCGAUGGAUAUUGUUCUUCCCUUUCUGCUUGCAGAAGGCAUAUUGAGUAAAGUUGAUAGUAUUCGUAAGGCAUCAAUUGGAGUUGUUAUGAAGCUUGCAAAGGGUGCAGGAAUUGCAGUUCGCCCACAUUUAUCUGAUUUAGUUUGUUGCAUGCUGGAAAGUUUAUCAGGCCUAGAAGACCAAGGACUCAAUUAUGUUGAGUUGCAUGCAGCAAAUGUUGGAAUACAGACAGAGAAGCUAGAAAAUCUGCGCCUUUCGAUUGCAAAAGGAUCUCCCAUGUGGGAGACCCUUGACUUGUGCAUAAAUGUUGUAGAUAGCAAAUCAUUAGAAAUGUUGGUUCCACGUCUUGCUAACUUGGUUCGUUCUGGAGUUGGCCUCAACACUAGGGUUGGUGUUGCCACCUUUAUCAACUUAUUAGUUCAGAAAGUUGGUGUAGAUAUCAGACCCUUUACCAACAUACUAUCAAGGGUGUUGUUUCCUGUUGUGAAGGAGGAGAAAAGUACCGCAGCAAAACGUGCCUUUGCAGGUGCUUUGGCCAUUGUUUUGAAGUAUGCAACUCCUUCUCAGGCCGAAAAGUUGAUAGAAGACACUGCAGCUUUGCACACUGGUGACAGGAAUGCACAAGUAUCUUGUGCUUUUUUGUUGAAAAGCUAUUCAUCCACUGCCUUGGAUGUUUUGAGCGGAUAUAAUACAGUGAUCAUUCCAGUGAUUUUUAUUUCAAGAUUUGAGGAUGACAAACAUGUUUCUGGUCUUUUUGAGGAGCUCUGGGAAGAAAGCACAAGUGGUGAACGAAUAACACUACAGCUGUAUUUGGGGGAAAUCAUUUCACUUGUUGGUGAGAGCAUGACAUCAUCUUCAUGGGCAAGUAAACGAAAAUCAGCUCAGGCAAUCUGCAAGCUUAGUGAAGUUCUGGGCAAUUCCUUGUCUUCUUAUCACCAUGUUCUCCUGAAAUCUCUUAUGAAAGAAAUUCCUGGUCGUUUAUGGGAGGGGAAGGAGACACUUCUACAUGCAAUAGGUGCUCUUUCUAGAUCAUGCCAUGAAGCAAUUUCCACUGAAGAUCCUGCUCUUCCUGGUACUAUUUUGAGUCUAGUGUCUUCCGCGUGCACUAAGAAAGUCAAGAAAUACCGUGAAGCUGCUUUUUCCUGUCUUGAACAGGUUAUAAAAUCCUUUGGGAAUCCAGAGUUCUUUAAUCUUGUUUUUCCAAUGCUAUUUGAGAUGUGUAACUCAGCUUCCCUCAAUAAAACUGGACGAGCACCUUUGGCAAGUGACAUCCCUAAAGCAGAAUCUGAUGAUGCUGAAGAUGUUUCUGUUCCAAUUGACAAACUGAUGAACUGCAUCACGGCUUGCAUUCAAGUGGCAUCUGUAACUGACAUGCUUGAACACAAAGUGAAGUUGAUGGAUGUAUUCUCGAUUUCCCUGUCACCUGGUUUUCAGUGGAUCGUCAAAAUGUCAGUAUUUUCAUCAAUAAAAGAACUUUGCUCAAGGCUCCGCACCAUUUUGGAUGACUCUCAAGAAACCUCAUUAUAUGCUGGCGCAACUGCUUUUGUUCAGGAGUUGUUCUAUUCUGUGUCGCCCAAAGUAGUUGAGUGUAUAAGCACAAUAAAAAUUUCUCAGGUUCACAUUGCUGCUUCAGAGUGCCUUGUUGAAAUCACCGAGUUGGCCGGGCGUAUUUCAGCAGUGAAUUGGACAGACACAGGAAUGAAGGGGGAGCUUCUGCAUCUGCUUGAGAUGGAAAAGAACGAGCAGGCAAAAUCGUUGCUGAGAAAAUGCAUCGACGCCCUUGAAAAACUGGAGCAAGUAAAUGCUCAAGCAAGCUGAACAAGAUGUACGGAACUGCCAAAGAAUUUAGAGAUGCAGAGGGGCGUUAAUCUUUAAUAUAGUUAUACCUGGCUCAUGCCGAAUGCGGCUAUGGUUAUGAAAUUUAGUGAAACAAAAGAACUACUUGAAAACAUAAAAAAACAAGAUGAAAUAGGAAAAUCUUAAUCUAUUCGAAGUUCAUACCAACCAAAUUAGACAAAAUUACAAUCCUAGGAACAGGCCAACGUGUCAAUUAUGUGCUUGUUUCUAUCGGUUCAAAUAGCGAAAGCUGUGUUUUUUUUUUUUUUUUUAAUGAAGCCCUAC